UAUGAUGGACUUUUAAUUUUUCUUAAUAACAUAAGCCCAUUACUUUUUUUCUUCUUAAUACUACUAUCUUUGUUUCCAAACAAAAUUAAUUUUUUUUUAAAAGACUACAAUUCAUGUUUCCAAACACUCCAAAUUUUUUUAAUAGUCCUAUUCAAGUCUCCAAACACUCCAAUUUUGUACUUGAGUUUUAAUAAGAUAGAUUACAAAAACUCUUAAAUAUUUAUGUCAGCAUGGCACCUAGAUAUUUUAUUUAUUAAAACAUUUAUUACGUCGGGUUUGUGCUUUGGUCUAUAUCUCCAAGUAAGCUUUGGGUUUCUUUGCUCGACGUCCUCCUCCUAUGGUGUACCGGAACCGUUGCCUGUCGCCUCCGUUGAAGCCUCUUGGAGCCACCUCUGAGUGAGAGUUCGUUUGUUUUGCCUCUUAGCUUUACCAGAUCCGGUUUGUUGAUUUUGGACGCCUAAAGCCCAACCUAAAUAUAAAAUAAGUUUCCCAAAAAAAAAAGUUUGAGAAUCGAACCGUGCCCUCAUUUGAAGAAUAAUGACAGUGUCGACCACUACACUACAAGUAACUUUUCACAAUUUACUGCCCUAUAAAUAUAUAACAUAAUUUGGCGCUUAAAACAUGAGUUUUACCAGUUUUAGCCCAUGACCGACCCUGAACUUUACUCUUGUCUCUUCUCUGAAGCAACAAGAAGCGCUUGGAUUUGAGUUUCAUUAACGUCAAGAAAACCAUUAUUGGUAAGCUUGAUGUUAACUUUUGUGUUUCAUAGAUGUUUUUUUAUCUUUUUUGCGGUAUCUACGAACAAACCAGCUUGUUAGCAGAAUUUGGUUCAAUCUGAUUGUAACCAAAUAUUUGUUUCUUUGGAAUAAUAUUUACAAUUUAGCAAAAAAACAUGUAAAAGAUUUAAUUCAAAUCUGGAUAAAAAUAUCUUUCACGUUAAAAAGUGUAAUUUUCAAAAAAAAUAUAUAUAUAAAAGUUAUCCCAAAAUCUUUCUAAUUAUGUCUAGAUUUAUUUAUUUAUUUUCUUCUGAAAAGGGUAAAAUAAGGCACGUGAAUAAAAGAAGAAAAUAAAAAGAGCACGUGACAGUUUUAAGGAUGUUUGUGGGAAAUAAUGGGCCAUAAAGCCCAUUUUUAUGGCUUUCUUACCAAGCAAUCAUUAUAAACGUUCCUUCAUCAUCUUCAACGUUUCCUACGCUCUGUUUCUUGUUCUUGAAAAAAACAGAGCAUGGAGAGUGAGUACGAAAAUGUUCUUCGUUUUGAAUCACAAGGCAGAUACAUAGAGGCUUUAGAGAUUAUAAGCGAGGCUGAGCGUUGUGGUAACCACAGUGAACGUCUUAACAUACUUCAAGCUGAAAUCUUCAUGUCUCUAGCAGAAGAAUCCGAGAAUCUGUACAAGAAACUCGUAUUUUUAAUGGCAGCCGUUGAAGCCUACUCAAGAAACGACGCGUGUGAAUGUGUCUACCCACUGUUCGAAAUAUCAGAGCUUCUUGGUUCAGCAUCAUUCUACAGGAGAGUAUUGAAGACGGCAGAGCUCUUCUUGAAGCGUAUUGCUACAGCUUUGAGAUCUCAAGAACCGGACGUGGCUAAAGACGGCGUAUAUGCUCACCUCUUGAAAGAAAGGAAAAAAGUGCGAUCUUUGGUUAACGUUGUGAAUGCGAGGAUUGCGAACCAUGUUCCUUUAGCUGACUUCAAACCAGAAGCCAUAGAGAUGAAGAAGGAGAAUGGUGCUAUGGUUGAGCGAUUGAGACCUCACUGGGAGUCUUCCAGUGAAAACACCAAACGUGAGUUCAUGAAAGUUAGUACUCAGGAACUUCGAAGGUUUGUGCUGAAUAAAUUUGAAAAGGAAGGAAAAUAUGCGUUGGAGAAAGUUCUGGGUCACGUAAAGAAGAACGCAAGGUGGAUUUUUUGGCUCUGUAGAAGUUGUUCCCAGAAGUUCUCCACUUCCGAAGAAUGUACGAGUCAUCUUGAACAGGUACAUGCUGCAGAGUUCGCACCAUCUUCGAUGAAUGAUUUGGUGGAGAAGGAGGUCUGGUCUGAUAAGACAGCAGUUGGAGUUUGGAAAGAUGCUAUCGAUCUGGUUUGCUCCUCAGUUGAAAGUUUCUGCUGUCAAGGUUUAACUGGAGUCAAAGAGAAGAUCAAUUUUGACUCAGACAUGGCAUAUGUGCUGCUCGACAAGAGACUCUUGCAAGGAAAUGUUGAUGAGCGAGUUGAUGAGGGAGGUAAGAUUAGCUUUUCUGAUGCUAAACUUCACUGCACAAGGGUGCAUGCUGGUGGAGGAGAUGACUUCAUGUCAUGGCUAGCAUUGUCAGAAGAUUGGAAAUUCAAAUUCCCAAGACCAAUCAGGGAGUUCAAUUUGGAUAUGUGGAUUGCUUCAUUGAGAUCAUAUCAGUUAGUCUGUAGGACUUUGCAAACACACAAGGUUAUUCACUUGGACGCAGAGAUUUUACUGAUUGACAAGUCUAGAGUGAAGUUGCUGAAACACCUCACAGGGAUGUGUCUUUUUGACUUCAGGUGCUACCUUAAUUCACCUCUCAAGGAAUACAUAAUUGAUUGUCUGCGUCGAAGGUUCACUUGAGAUGAUUAGUGUAACGUUGUCUCAUUUGAUUUUUGGACUAGAGUUGGUAUACGUUUAAAUCCUGUUCUUGUAUAUUUUGGUCAAUUUUGGCCCUUUCGGCUGCGUGGAAACUUGUGUCUCUAUCCAGUCGCAGCUGGUUUAUAUCUCAGAGCUUAAAAACUUACAUAAAAGACUAGUGUUUGGUGAAACAUGUUGCUAGAUCUAGCUCAAGUACACUAUAUACAUAUACCUUUGUUAAGCGAGAGAAGGAAAAAGAAAAACAAAAUAUCAAACAGAGAUCUUUAAGCUUAAUACAAGUAAAACACUUCACUCGCUGUUGAUGGAGUUAACCUGAACUAGCUUCCUCGGAAUUAUCUGAUAAAUGAUCAGAACAGCAACCGAGUUAAAUACAAUAUGAAAGUAGUAACUGAAACCAAUAACAUUUUCAAGCUGCAUUUAGCAUAUGAACCUUCUUCACAUGGAGUAACUCAACUGCCAAACAAUAUUUUUUUAAAAAAAUUGAGUAGAGAUGAGAAUGCAUGCCUUCUCCUCCACAAAGAGUGUCAAGUAGGAUCAUUUAUCAUUUCAUAUUGUAUAGCUCUACCACCAACGAGAACACAAGCAUAGUUGACUGGA